ACCUUCAUGCUUUAAUUUAAAGCAGAGCAUAUAAGAUUGCACAUAGAUCACCAAUCCAACAAAGCGAGAACAUGGCAUUUAUGCAGUGUUUAGAAAUGCAUCCCAGCCGGGAGAUGACGGUAGACGAGUUCAAAGCCUGGCUCCAGCAGUUUGAUACUAAUCAUGACGGACAGAUCAGCCGAAGAGAGCUUAAUAAUGCUCUCCAUAGCAUGAGAACAUGGUUUGCAUGGUGGAAGGCACGGCAGGCGAUGAAAGCAGCAGAUGUCAAUCAUGAUGGUCGGAUUGACAACGGUAUGGAAAUUGAGAAGCUUUUCAAUUAUGCUCAACAACGUUUGCACAUGAAAAUCUGCCAAAGUGAUUGGUAAUGUUUUGAAUGUUAAAGUUUUAUCAAAUGUGUAUAUCUCUUUUCUUGUGACAAAAUGUAUCUUUGGAUUUACUAUAAUUAAUACUUACUCAUUUUCUUCUUCACAAUAAAAAAGAGUUUCCUAG